AUGGCCGCGCUCGCGGGCAAGCGCAAGGAGCGGGAGGACCCGCCGGAGGAGGACUGGCGCAAGGGCCUGUCCUGGUGGCGCGGCGAGAUCGACGUCGAGGACGAGGACGUCGCGCCCCUCUUCGCCUGGCAGGGCACCUACGUCGAGGCGCCGGACUCGACGCCGCCGGCCGACGAGGCCUUCGACCGCUCGAAGAACACCUUCGAGUUCCGCACGGACUCGGUCGAGGAGGACCUCUACGAGGUGCUCGAGUGCUGGCACAUGAACGAGCCGGGCGGCGACGACCAGAUGCUCAACCUGGAGUUCUUCGGCGACCAGCAGAUCGUCGACGGCUGCUUUGGCGUCGACGGCGCGCUGUCCGAUCGCGACAUGGACGACCGCGGCGAGACGCACUUCUGGGGCACGCGCGGCAUGGCCGCGGCCGGCGUCGGCCUCACGACGAAGGGCAAGUACGUCGCGUACGGCGCGCUCGAGCGCCGCGACGGCGCGCCGAUCAUGACCCUCGCCCGGCGCUUCGUCUCCGCCGACGACCCGCGCGCGGCCUGGACCUCGCCGGAGCAGGUCCUCGACUCCAUCCUCGGCCCGAAGCCCGACGGCGCCGCGCCGGGCUCGCCCGCGGCGCCGCCGACCCUCGCCGCCAGCGCGCCGCCGGACACCGCGGCGCUCGCGGCCACGCGGUCGACGCAGGGCUGGAAGGGCCUCUGGGAGGCGCGCAUCGAGCACUUCGAAAAGGUCGCGUCCACGGGGUUGCGGGUGCGGCCGUUCUACGGCAUCGACGCGGACGGCGGCAUCGUGAGCGACGUCCACGUCGCCGUCGGCCCGCUCAAGGGCUGGGUCUCGGCGUCCGGCUACAUGCUGCCCGUGCCGAACAAGGUGGGCGAGGUCGACCUGAUUUUCGACGACUUUUGGGUCGCGGGCGACACGGCGGAGCCGCGCGCCUCGCCCUCGGACGAGGAGUCGAACGUCAUCGACAAGCUCAUCCGCGACGUCGGGCGCCUGUCGUUCUUCGAGGGCAUCGCGCGGUUCCCCGUGGACUACUUCCAGGACGACAUGGUCGCCUUCCGGUCCGAAACCACCACGAUGCGCGCCUUCCUCGCUUUGCUGGUCUCCGGCGCCGGCGCCCUCUCGAUGACGCGCCGCGGCGUCGCGGCCCGCGUCGGCGUCGCCGUGACCACCGGCGAGUUCCUGCGCACGCGCGACGCGCGCGCCGCCUACGACUACGACGUCGAGUCCACCGGCGUCGGCGCGGAUCGCAACGCGGUCGACGCGCCGCAGCCGCAGCAGAUGCUCGACGUCAACAGCGCGACGGUCACCGAGUACAAGCAGUUCGCGGGCAUGUACCCGUCAGUGGCGGGCAAGAUCGCGUCGCACGGCCCCUACGGCUCCAUCGGCGACGUCUACAAGCUCGCGAACUUCUCGCCCACGGAGGCGAAGAUCUUCAAGGCGAACCAGAAGGAGUUCACGGUGCUGCCGCCGGGCCGCAUGUUCAUCGAGCGCAUCAACCAGCGCCAGUCGCUCUGA